AUGGCGCUGUCUUCACGCUUAAAACUGUGGGAGCAGAAGGGAGGUAUAAAGGAGGAGAAGACGCCGGUGGCCGUCGCCGAACCUCCUCCCCCUCUGUCGGCUCUACCGGGCGGCUUCCUCAAACAGCUGGUCAGAGACUCUGAGAAGGAAACCAAACAGAAGGAGCCGGAGGCCAAAGACGAGAGACCGCCAAACAAACUGAGCGAUAACCUGGUUCAACAGUUCCUCCUCCCGGAUCAGACUCCUCCGAUCCUCGAGGCCGAGAUGUCUCUCCGGGCCGAGCAGCUCGUCUCCAGCAGCAGAGCGUCGGACGGCCGGUCGUCUUCUCAGAGAAACAUUUACUCUCCAGAACCAGCAAACGGGCCGGAAACCAAACAGGAAACCAAACAGGAAACCAAACAGGAAACCAAACAGGAAGUAACACUGGAGCCACCGAGGCUGCAGCCGGACCUGAAGACGGAGAGGAACAAGAAGAUGAAGGAGAAGGAGAAGGAGAAGAUGGAGGAGGUGCAGCAGGUGGAGAAGAGGAACGAGGAGGAGAUGGAGAAGAGGCAGGAGCCGGAGGGGAGACAAGCAGAGACGACUGUAACCGAGAAGGAGAGGAGGGAGGUGAAGGAUGUUUGGUAUGAAGCUGGAACGGUGUGGUUCGUCCACAAGGAUGGUUUCUCCCUCGCCACUCAGCUGAAGCCGGAUGAAGGCACACCUGAACUCCCAGAAGGCCGAGUGAGAGUCCGUCUGCAGACCGACGGGUCGCUGCAUGAUGUGACGGAGUACGAGAUCGAGAAGUGUAACCCAUCAGAGCUGGACCUCUGUGAGGACCUGAGUGACCUGCAGAGCGUCAACGAGUGUGGGGUUCUGCACAACCUGACCAGUCGAGCUAAAGCCAACAUGCCGCUAACGCAGGCCGGACCCAACCUGGUGAACCUGUGGCCUCCGCUGCAGACUCACAGCAAGACUCCAAAGUCCCGUCGGGGGGAGUCGGUGUGGGAGGCUCCUCCCGCUCUGGGCGCUCUGGUUAAACGGGUGUACGUGUCCAUGGUGGGGACCCGGAGGGACCACAGUGUUUGUGCGGUGGGACGCAGCGGGACGGGAAAGACCACGGCCUGCCAGGCCUUCACCCUCGCUCUGCUCAGACAGGCCGGGACCACGGGGGCGAAGAUCAGCGUGGAUCGUGUUCAGGCCAUGUUCACCAUCCUGAGGUCUUUUGGCUGCGUGAGCUCACCGCACAGCGACGCCUCGUCUCGAUUCGCGAUGGUCUUCUCUCUGGACUUCAACCACGCUGGACUGGCUGCUGCUGGACACCUACAGACGAUGAUGUUGGACAAAUGGAAAGUGUGUCAGAAAACUCAAGGAGAGAGUAACUUCCUGGUUUUCUCUCAGAUGCUCGCAGGAGUCAGCACAGAGAUGAGGACGGAGCUUCAGCUGCAUCAGCUUCCUGAAACCAGCGCCUUUGGGAUUGUUCAUCCCACCAAGGUUGAGGAGAAGCAGCGUGCGUCCGUCGCCUUUACCAAGCUGCUGGUUGCCAUGGAAACGCUGAGCUUCUCGGCCGGCGAGCAGAAGGCGAUAUGGCAUGUUCUGGCUGGUAUUUACCAUCUGGGAGCCGCCGGGGCCUGUAAAGUGGGCAGGAGACAGUUUGUGAACUUCGACAGCUCUCAGGUGGCCAGCGGCGUCCUCGGAUGUGAGGGAGAAGAUCUGCACACCGCCGUCUUCAAACAUCACCUCCGGCAGCUGCUGCAGAGAGCCACCGGGGGCAGCAGAGAGAGGAACUCUGCAGAGGCAGAGGAGGGUCCCAGACUGACAGCUGCUCAGUGUGUUGGAGGGAUGGCUGCUGGACUCUACGAAGAACUCUUCACCUCCAUAGUGUCGCUCAUCAACAGGGCUCUGAGCGGUCCUCAGCUGACGUUGGCCUCGGUGAUGGUGGUGGACACGCCGGGCUUCAGGAACCCGAGACACUCCUCAGAGGAGCGAGCCGCCAGCUGGUCUGAACUCUGCCACAACUACCUGCAGGAGCGUCUGCUGGAGCACUACCACACACACACCUUCACACACACGCUAGAGAGAUACGCACAGGAGAAGAUCCCGGUGGAGGUGGAGAGUCCAGAGAACAGUCCAGCCGAGGUGGUGUCUGCUAUCGACCAGCCGCCUCCACAGGUCCGGGCGGCAGAUGGAGACCCCAGAGGUCUGCUGUGGGUUCUGGAUGAGGAGAUGGUGACACCAGCCUCCAGUGAGACCACGGCCCUGGAGAGAGUCUGCCAGUAUUACAGCAACACUGUGCGUCAGUGCGAGCAGCCGCUGCAGUGCGAGGUGAACCACCUGAUGGGCUGCGACCCGGUCCGCUACGACCUGACCGGAUGGAUCGGUAUGAUCCAGAACAACCCGUCUGCUCUGAACGCCAUCUGUGUGCUCCAGAACUCCACCAUAGUGGAGGUGAAGGCCAUGUUUACCCCCAAGAUAUCUCUGCCCCCUCUGUGUCGAGGUCUGGGAGGUCUGGAGGGCUGCAGCCAGCGCUCUCUGCAGAGGAACGGAACCAUCAGGAAAACCUUCAGCGGAGGGAUGGCUGCCAUACGCAGACACUCCCAAAGCAUCGCAGUGAAACUACAGGCAGACGCUCUGGUGAACCUGAUCCGCCGAGCCAGGCCGGUGUUCCUGCAGUGUGUGAGCGCAAAGACCGACGGUGGAGGCUUUGACGUCCCGGCCCUCAGAGUCCAGCUUCACUCCACACAGAUCCUGUCAGCCCUGCAGAUCCACCGAACAGGUUAUUCGGAGCACAUGACGUUGAGUGACUUCAGGUGUCAUUUCCAGGCGUUGUCGCCUCCCAUCAUGAAACGUUACGCUUCCAUGUUUGUCAGCCACGAUGAGAGAAAGGCGGUGGAGGAGUUACUGGUGGAGUUGGAUCUGGAUAGAAAGAGCAUCGUUAUUGGCUCCAGCAGGGUGUUCAUGAAGCGAGGUGUGCUGCGCUACCUGGAGCAGCAGAGGGACCAGCAGGUCACCGGCUGGUUGGUCCACCUGCAGGCCGCCGGCAUGGCACACCUGGCCCGACAGAAGUACCGAAAACUCAAGGUGCAGCAGAUGGCGGUCAGCUGUCUGCAGAGGAACCUUCAGGCUCUCUGGUUCGUCUCUAAGUGGAGCUGGUGGAAACUUUUCUGCAGAAUUCGUCCUCAGCUCGACGUCAACAUGGACAACGAACGGCUCCGGGCUAAACAGGAUGAGAUAUCGGCUCUGAGACGACGCCUGGAGAAAUCAGAGAGGGAUAGGAACGAGCUGAGGCAGACUGCAGACGGCCUGGAGACCAAGGUUACAGCAGUGACAUCUGAUCUAAGCGAUGAGCGUUUCCGUGGCGACGCGGUGGGUCAGGCUCUGGAUGUGGAGAGGGCCGAGAGGGUCCGACUCAGCCGGGAGAACAGAGACCUCCAGGCUCGUCUAGACCAGAAUAAAGUCGCCAUGGAAACCCUGGAGAAGCAGCUGGAGGAGGAGAGACAGAAAGCUCAGAUCGCUGAGAGUCAGAGAGGACCGCCAACAGAGAGCGAGCUGGCCAUGCAGCUGGAGUGCUGCCAGACGGAGGUCGAGUUCGUCCGCAGACGGCUGAAGCAGACGGAGGAAAAGCUGGAGACGGAGAGACAGAGCCGACAGCAGCUCGACGCCAAGGUGGCCACGCUGCAGGUCCAGCUGGAGCAGUCCAGGCGGAGUGCGACAGACCUGAAGCGUCACUGUCGCCGCGUGACCUCUGACCUCCAGGACGCCCGAGUCCUCACCGACAGCCUGCAGAGCCGCAUGCACGACGUGGACCGCAAGCAGAGGAGGUUUGACAGCGAGCUGACUCAGGCUCUGGAGGAGGCCGACAAUGAGAGAGAGCAGAAGGACAAAGCCUGCCAGGAGAGCACAUCACUGGGGGCCCAGAUCUACAGUCUACGACGAAACCUACAGGAGAGUCAGUCUGAGGUGGUGCGUCUGCAGCAGCAGAAGGAGGAGCUCUGUGCUCAGAUCCGUGACCUCAGUCUGCCCGUCGACCUCGCCUCUGAUUCGCUGCCCGACCUGAAGAAGCAGCUCCGCCUCCUGGAGGGUCAGAACGAUGAGAGGGCACAGGAGGUCGACUCGCUCACCGCCAAAAUAAAGCAGCAGCAACAGAUCCACAUGCGUUUUGAGAUGGAGAUGGAGAGGAUGAAGCAGAUGCACCAGAAGGAGUUGGAGGACAAAGAGGAGGAGUUAGAGGACGUUCAUAAGUCCUCUCAGAGACGGCUCAGGCAGUUGGAGAUGCAGUUGGAGCAGGAGUACGAGGAGAAACAGAUGGUGAUUCAUGAGAAGCAUGACUUGGAAGGACUCAUAGCAACACUGUGUGACCAGGUCGGUCACAGAGACUUCGACGUGGAGAAGAAGCUGAGGAGAGACCUGAAGAGGACUCACGCCCUGCUGGCCGACGCCCAGCUCCUUCUCUCCACUGUCGACAACCCGGGUCAGCACCUCCCCAACGGCAGCAGGGAGCAGAUCGAGAGGCUGCACUGCCAGCUGGAGGAGAGUGGAGAUGCAUUCAUUCAACUCUUUCUCUCUCUUUAGGCCACGCUCUCUCAGGAGCUGGAGAACUCUCAGAUCGAGCUGGAAAAUAUCUGCAAGCAGAAGAGUAUGGUGGACGAGCAGUUGUCUCUGCUGCAGCAUGAGAAGGUGGACCUUCUGAAGAGGCUGGAGGAGGACCAGGAGGACCUGAAUGAACUCAUGAAGAAGCACAAGGCUCUCAUCGCUCAGUCGUCCAGUGACAUCUCUCAGAUCAGAGAGCUGCAGGCCGAGCUGGAGGAGGCCAAGAAACAGAGACACUCUCUGCAGGAGGAGCUCCAGCAGAGCGUGUCCAGGGUGCAGUUCCUGGAGGCGUCCACCGUGGGCCGUAGCAUCGUCAGCAAGCAGGAGGCGCGCGUGUGUGACCUUGAGAACAAACUGGAGUUUCAGAGAGGACAAGUCAAGAGGUUUGAGGUGCUGGUGUUGCGUUUGAGGGACAGCGUGGUCCGUCUGGGGGAGGAGCUUGAGCAGAGCGCCCAGGCCGAGGCCCGCGAGAGGGAGAACGCCCGCUACUACCAGCAGCGUCUGCAGGACAUGAGGAUGGAGAUGGAGGAGCUGGUCCAGAGGGAGCAGGACAGCGGCCGCCAGAGGAUGGAGCUGGAGAUGCAGGUGGAGGAGCUCAACGCCGUCCGUCAGACGCUACAGGCCGACCUGGAGACGUCCAUCCGCCGCAUCGUGGACCUGCAGGCCGCCCUGGAGGAGGUGGAGUCCAGCGACGAGAGCGACUCUGAAAGCGCUCAAACUGCUGUGGAGUCCUUGACUCGAAAGAAAGAUCUUGACUCGGUGUCCAGCGUCGGCUCCAUCGGGACGGAGGACGUAGGAGAGGGGAUUCGUCAUUGGUUGGGCGUCCCCAGAGGAGGGUCCCGUGGUGGGGGAUCCCCGUACGGCAGCAGUACCAUCAGCAGCCAAGGGGGGCGCCAGAGUGUCGCCGACACCAUGAGCAACUACAGCUUCCGUUCUUGUCUGGAUCCUGAUGCGGAGGGCUCUGAGGCCGGCGGUCCCGGUACCAGAGGUCCCAGUCGAGCCCCGUCCUCCUCGGCUCUGUCCGAGCUGCUGGACGGACUUCGUAAACGUAGAGCCGGCGGCGACGCGGGCGAAGCAGCCGGUAGCGCCGUCUCUCUGCCGGUUUACCAAACCACCGCGGCCUCCACUCUCAGACGGCGAGCCUCGGCCCUCUCCAUCAGCCCCGGUGCUCCAGGACCCCGGCCCGGCCCCAGCAUCCUCAAACCGCCGUCCCCGCUGAUGCCCCGCGCCGCCAGUGCUCGCUCCAUCGGCGAGGCUCAGACAUCCGGGGUCAAACUGUCUCGCUUCAACUCGGCCGACUCCCUCUCGUCGGUUCCCUCGCUGCCUCGCCUCUCCUCCAUGGCUCCCUCCUUGUCCAUCCCUGAAGAAGACCCGGACCAACCUCUACGCUCCAGGACGACCCCGAUCCAGCGCUCCCCGCAGGCACUGAGGCGGUGCAUGCUGGGUAGUCUCGCUGCAGAGGAGGGAGGUGAAGGCUCUCUGGGUUCAGAACCGAUGGUGUUCCAAAACCGGCGCCUGAUUGACGACCGAGACGAUGCGGCCUCCGACAUCCUGCCCGCCAUCCGGAGAGCUCAGUCCGCCAGCAGCAUCGCCGGAUCGGUGAGAGGAACCCGGAGGGCGCUGAGCGUCCACUUCGGAGAGCUGCCUCCUUCGACCCGCGGCAGGAAGAGCUCCGAGUCGUCCAGCUCAGGAGGUUCUGCAGGAAGUUCCCAAGGAGGCGGGUCCAGACGAAGGUUUGAGAGGCCGCAGGGAGAGAGGCUGGAGGCGGAGGGCAGCGAGGGCGGAGACGUGGCUUCAGUCAUGAAGAGAUACCUGAAGAAGGAGACCGACUGAAGCAGAGGAGCGUCUCCGUCUCCUCCUCCAGCUGUGAGCUCCACAGACUGAAGACGAAACACUUCUCAAGUCAACAAGG